AACUUGUAGUUGUGGACAGAAUCGAGUACAACUAUCAUUGAUGUAUAUAUUGUAUAUAUAUACUUUCUUAAACUGAUAAAGUGAUAAAUAAUCAUAACAAUAAAGUAGAUUGUACUGAUAGUAAUUAAGUAUUCAUUAUCGGUCUAUCGGAUUACCCAUUAUAAAAUAUAAGUUAUUAAUUUAUUAUUAAAUUAUAUUUUAUCAUACCUAUAUGAAGUAAGAUUUUACGUUUGGACGUUUUGGUAGUUAUUCAUAAGCUACGAAGUGUUGGAUCAUUAUUGUAAUAUUAAAUAUUGUGCGGUCGUGCUGUUAAAUCAACAAAGUAGUGUACAGCGUUGGAGCUGUUUGUUACCGACAAAUAAUGUCUUUCCACGAUAGUAAUAAUAUGUCGCCAUCCUCGACGUUCUCAAUGGACGACGACGACGACAACAGUGUAAAAAUCGAAAACAAAGAUUUGACUGAUUCUGAUGAAGGCAAAGAAAACCGCGAGAAACACACCGAAAUACAGGAGCAGGUCUACCAGGAUAAAUUGGCUGGCAUCCAAAGGCAACUACAGCAGUUGCGUGAUGGAACUCACGCAGAAUACGUGAAGCAAUUGAAAAAAUUGGAUGCACAGCAUAAAAAUGAACUAAGGAUGAAUAAUUUGUGGAGAGACUGUUUGCUUGAUGCUAUUGAAAGAGAAUUUAAUAGAGAAAGACGUCUAGCUCACAAAGAAUUUGAAGAUCGUAAUGCUGAACUUACUGAGACUUUGAUAUCAGAAUUAAAUGAAAGGAAAAAAGCUAUAGAACAUGACAAUUUAAACAUGGAACUUUCUCCAGACUCAUCAGAUCAAAAACCUGCUAUGACAAGAAAACUGAGAAGAAGACCAAACGACCCAGUGGUGCCAGCACCCCAAGAGAAACGUCGCAAACCCCCACCUGUUUCAAAUAUCUAUUAUUUGUUACAGGAACAUGAAAUUGAGCAUGAUGUUAAACUUAUUCAAGAGUCAUUGGCUUCAUUAGCAUCUACUUCUAUCACGACAACCCCUACAAUCAAAACACGUGAUACAGUAAAUUCUUCAUCUAUUAGAAAACCAGGGUGUCUUCCAAGUACUAGUUCAUCAACUGCAGGUAAUAUGAGUCCUAAAAAAAGCCAGAAUUCAGACACUGAAGGAUCAUCAGCUAUUCCAGAUACGCGAAUCGAAGAUGGAAAACUGCUAUUUGAAAAGAGAUGGUAUCAUCGAGGACAACCUGUUUUUGUCGAAGGAAGACAAAUGGCAAAAUUCCCAGCUGUUAUAUCUGCUAUUGGCAACGAAACUAUUUGGGUAAAGAAAACGUCAGACAACAGUAAAUUUCGUAUCAACUUGUCUUACCUAUCCAAGGGUAAAAUGUCUAUCAAACGCCGAGCUGCUGUUUAAACAACUAUUUAUAUUCAAAUGUUAUAUAUUUAUGCUUAUAAGUGGUCACUCAUUUUAUUUAUUCGUUUUUUUUUUUCUAUUAUUAUUAUUAUUACAGUUUAUACAAAUAAUAGUUUGAAUCCUAUCAUAAUGUUACAUUUCCUAUUGUGAACCUAUUCAAAAAGUAAUGAUUGGAGGUUAUUAUCAAUUAUCGUGUGUAUAGUAUAAU